AUGGCAUCAACCUACGACAACCUUCCCCUUCGCAUAGUGCCUCACAUUGUCGACGAGAUUGCAAGAACCGCACCUGGCACAAAAUGGGUCGAAGUACCGCGAAACAACGACAACCUCCAAGAUGGUUACAAGUCUUUGACUUUUGGUCAGCUAUCACAAGCAGUCAGCAGGAUGGCCCGCUGGAUGGAAAAGACCAUCGGAACAAGCACAUCAAGAGAGACUAUCACCUACAUGGACCGCCAAAACGACAUCAGAUAUAUCUUCGCCAUCAUUGCUUCUCAGAAGACUGGUUAUAAAGUUCUUCUUGCUUCAACACGUAACAGCGAGGAAGGCCAACGUGCCAUCUUGCAACGUACACAGAGCAAGAAGUUCUUGCAUGGACAAGGUAUGAGAGAAGAGGUCCUUGCACUAGAAGAUGAGAAGACACCCAUCGAAGCCUACGAGGUUCCUCCUCUGGAUUACUUUCUUGAGGGAGAAGAUGUUGAACACUACGAGGGUACUGUAAGCAGUGAUCCGAACGAAAUUGUCGCCAUCAUUCACACUUCUGGCUCUACCGGCAUCCCCAAACCAAUUUACCUUCGUAAUGGCUAUCUCGCUUGCCUCGAUCGUAUUCGUGUGCUCCCAAUGACCAACGGUCGCGAAUCGAGAGCACAAAAGUUUGUUGGAAACGACAGAGCUUUCUGCAGUCUGCCGUGGUUCCAUGCUAUGGGCUUCUUCAUGGGACUGAGGUCUAUCUAUGCGCAAGGACCUUUGAUUUUGCCUCCUGUGGGACGUUCGCCAAACGCCGAUCUGACUCUCGAAAUCCUUCAGGUAGCCAAGCCUGAAACUGGAUUCUUCCCUCCUGCCAUUCUCGAGGAUAUCGUUGAUGCUCCUGGAGGCAUGGACACGCUUGCCAAGCUUGACUUUAUCUUUUUUGCUGGUGCUCCUCUGGCUCAGGAGGUUGGCGAUCGUAUCGCUGAAGCAACUCAGAUCCAGACUAUCAUCGGUUCCACCGAGGGUACUUUCUGGGAUAGUUACAUCACUGAAGAUCGUGCCGACUGGGGCUGGUUCGAGUGGUGCGAACACACUGGUGCUGUUAUGGAGCCUUCUGGAGAUCUCUACGAGAUGGUGAUCAAGCGUGUACCUGGUAAUCCUGUUCAAGGCGCGUUUUGGAGUUUCCCAGAGCUCGACGAAUACCGUACCAAGGAUCUGUACGAAGAACAUCCGACCAAGAAAGGUCUCUGGAAGUAUAAAGGCCGCAACGACGACGUGAUUGUCCUCAGCAACGGCGAGAAGUUCAACCCUGUCAUGUUUGAAAAGGACAUUGAAGGCCAUCCUGCCGUCAAGGGUGCUUUGGUAGUCGGCCAGGGUCGCUUCCAAGCUGGUCUGAUCCUGGAAACAAACACCAAAACUGACCCUGAAGCUUUCCUAGAGCAAAUCUGGCCUGCUGUUGAGAAAGCCAAUGAGAAAAUGGCUGCUCACGGCAGAGUCUGGAAAUCAAAGAUUGCCAUCGCUAGUCCUCAGAAGCCGUUCCAGAGAGCGCCCAAGGGCAGCAUCAUGCGUCGCAAGACCAACGAGCUCUACAAGUCAGAGAUUGAGGCUUUGUACUCAAACGAGGGCUCUGCUGAGUCGCUUGGUCAAAUCGAUGCUAGUGCCGACGAGACCACUAUCCGCGAGUUCGUCAAGGAAGCUAUUCGUCUUGCUUUGCCCAAGAUUCCUGAACAGUUGUUUGAUGAUGAAGGCUACGAGGCUGAUCUCUUCUCCUUCGGGAUCGACUCGCUGCAAGUACUUGCUCUGGCAAACACUAUCGGUCAUGCUCUUCCCAAGAGAGAAGGCUCGCGUGAUGCAGCGUUCAAACCUCGCAUGGUCUACAGCAAUCCCACCAUCGAUGCUCUGACCAAGGCUGUCAGUAACAUUCUGCAUGGCGAGGCCGCCAAUGGCACUCCCACCAAGACGCGCGAGCAGAACAUGGAUGACAUGAUCAAGAAGUACACACAAAACUUACCUUCUCCGGUCAGCUACAACCCUCGUCCUCAGAACCAUGUAGUCGUCCUCACAGGCAGCACAGGCUCUCUAGGAAAUUACCUCCUCGAGAACCUCAUCGCCAACCCGUCUGUCGAGAAGAUCUACUGCCUCAACCGCUCAGACGCCCGCGAACGUCAAAAGGCCGGUUUCAUCGACCGCGGCGCCAACCCCGAGUUCUCCAAAGUCGUCUUCCUGCAAACCUCCUUCAACAAGGAGAAUUUCGGCCUUGAUGGGAAGAUAUACGCAGAAUUGCAAUCGUCAGUCGACAUCUUCAUCCACAAUGCAUGGGCAGUAGACUUCAACAUGGGUCUUGAAUCUUUCGAAGAAACACACAUUGCAGGCACCCGCCGCGUGGUGGACUUCAGCGCUUCAGCAACCUAUCACCCGCACAUUGUCUUCAUCUCCUCCAUCGCGAGUACUGGAAACUGGCAUGCUAGUGGCCACUCAGGGUUUGUGCCCGAGGUGUUCAUGCAAGAUCACUCGUUGCCUUUUGCACAGGGCUAUGGCGAGUCCAAGCACGUGGCUUCCUGCAUCCUUGCUUCUGCGGCUGAAAAGUGCACUAUCGCAUCCACCAUCGUCCGUGUAGGCCAACUUGCCGGUCCUGCUGCUGAGAAGGGUCUUUGGAACCGUCAAGAAUGGCUACCUUCUAUUGUCGCAAGCUCAAAAGCCAUUGGCAAGAUCCCGAGAACACUGGGUAAUGAAGAUGUAGUGGACUGGGUUCCUACCGAUGCGGCUGCAAAGGUGCUGUUGGAUGUUUGCGAGACGAGAUUGCGCACGCAGGAAGAGGAUAAACUCGAUUGUUUCCACCUCGUCAAUCCUGAGAUAAGUCACUGGAGGGAUCUGGUGCCUGCUAUUGUGGACUUCUACUCUUCACCUUCCUCAUCCACCUCUGCCUCUUCUACAAUGAAGAUUGUCGAAUUCUCGGAUUGGCUAGCCGAGAUGCAAAAUCAAGACAUCACAGAGGAAAACAUGAAGAAUAUUCCUGGUAUCAAGCUACUAGACUUUUACGCUGGAUUGGCAGUCGAAGAGGGAAGUUUGCCGCGCUUGGAUACAAAGAGGACUGUGGAGGCUAGUGGGACGCUUGGAGGCUUGGGUGCUGUGGAUAGCAAGAUGAUGGUGAAUUGGUGUCGGCAGUGGGGAUUCUAG